AUGGAUUGUACUAGCUGCAUCCAUGGCAUCCACAUCUCCACUACAUCCAGAACGGUACGGAGAGUCGCUCUAGCCCUCUGCGAGCUCCGGGACGAGGUGAUCAAGUUCCCGGAAACCUUGGAAGAAGUCGGAACGGCACAGGUCGAUUUUUUCAACCUCGCUGGAAUGCCCCACGUUGUCGGGGCCGUCGACGGGACUCACGUUGAACUGCAUGGGGCUCCCCUUCUAGACGACGAGUACAUCUUUACUAACCGAAAGGGCAAGCACUCCAUAAACGUCCAGCUUAUUUGCAAUGCGAGGUACAAGAUAACCAACGUGUGUGCAAGAUGGCCUGGGAGCACUCACGACAGCCGAGUAUUGAGGAACAGUCGCAUUGGAGAGCGUUUCGCAGACGGAGAGCUACCUGGCAUCUUGGUUGGAGAUUCCGGCUACCCCCUCCAGCCUUGGCUAAUCACCCCACUACGGGACCCACAAGGCAAUGCUGAAAGAAAUUACAACAGGGCACACUGCAGAACACGUGUCACCAUAGAACAAUUGAAUGGGCAAUUGAAAAACAAAUUCAGGUGCCUGAUGGGACAAGGGAUCCAGAUGUCUGCACCAAGAGCAUGCGACAUCAUAAUUGCCUGUGCCGUGCUCUUUAACAUCGCCAAAGACCUUAAAGAACCGGAACAAGCCAUCGAAGUGGAACCGGAUGAAGUGCCACACCACCCUGCAGAUCAGAACCAGCUGACUGGCAUUGCUCUUCGAGCAGAACUCAUCAAUAAUUACUUUUCAUAAAUGUCAUAACUUGUUUGCAAGCACUAUACAGUAUAUUUAAAUGUGAAUGUAUAGCUUUAAUGCUGUAUUUUAUAACAACAAAAUACAGUGAUCAUAGUUUUCUGACCUCCUAACUAAUUUUAGUUGGUUAAGAAACAAGGUUCUGUCAGGUUAAAGAUUGACUUGUACCUAACUGAUCUAUGGAAUUUGCAAAACAGUGCAAUUUACCAUCUUCCCUUAAAGGUGGAGUAUACAUUUAAAGGCUGAAAAUAUAAACAUGUGUAAAUCUGAGAGUAAUCAAAUGAUAAAACCAUCUAAAAGUUCCUCUUAAAAAUAUCGGAACUUGGAAUUGUCUUUGUGGAAGUGUUUCUACUUAGGUUCUAAUAUUUCAGA